GCUCGCUACUUGAAUGGUUUCGCUGUGGGUCUCGUAGUCGUACCAACUUUGGUUCUAAUUGGCGAAGAGGUGGAUAGCAGUAAACGUGGCAUGGCUGCGGCAUUGCUUGAGAUGGGCAGCUUUACAAUUGGUAUAUUCUUGCAAAUUUGUUGCAUAUUCGCAUACAGCAAUAGCGGUGCUAUACCCAGCUUUCAGUACAAAUUUGGUUCGACAGAGCUGCAUGGCAUCUUUGUUAUUGGUUUUGCCGUAAUAACUUUUCUACUUUCAUACUUUUUGGUCAUCGAAUCACCCGUUUAUUAUCUGCUGCACAAUGAUGAGAACCAAGCCAUCGAUUGUUUGCAUCGUCUGCAACGGCCAUUUGUUGUGACACAGGAAACAUAUCAGCAACUAGAGGAGCAUAAACGUUAUAUCCAAGAUAAUAGCUUUAACAGUGAUCUAAUGUUACCAGCACUGUUGAAAAUGUGCUUAUACCGUGGCUUGGUUUCGCUCUCCUUUUCGCCGCUCAUCAUUCUAGCGCUACUGCUGUCAACUUUGUCAUAUGCUGGUGAUGAUACGUGGCCAUAUAUUCUCUUCGGUGUGUUUUUAUGGCUGGGCUCCUUCAUAGGCGCAUUCUUAAUGGACUACAUAGGACGCAAGAAAUUGAUGAUAAUUGGUGCCCUGAUUUGUGGUAGUAUGGCAAUUGGUGCUGGUGUUGUAUAUAACGACGUUAUAAACUUUAUGUAUUCAACUAAAAUGGGAAACCUGUUAAUUCUACUCUUCGUGAUGGAAUUGUUUGCAGGCGUUUUCAGUAGUUCAUCUUCAGCUUAUCUAACGGAGGCAUUUCCACUGCAUCUAAAGACUUACUACAUUGCUUUAUCCUACACGGUGCAAAUGUUUGUGUUGAUCAUAAUUACCUCAUGCAGUUAUGAUGAGAACAGUUUGGGCGCAUACUUUAUUACAUUUGGCGUAUUUUACGUGGUAGCAUGUUUACUGGGUUUAUGGUGUAUGCCUGAAACAAGGAAGCUUACCUUGCGAGAAGCACGAAGGAAAUUCGCACCAGUUUUAUACAGUUGGAAUGAAUAAAAUAAAACAUAGUAUUCCUUAACAGAAACUGUGAAAAUUUAUAUUUCAAUCGUUGCGCAAU